AUGUAUGGGCCGUACUGUUAUCAAUUAGGCAAAUUACUUUCAACGAUUUUCUGUAUAUAAGCGUCGCGCCGCACACCGACUAAGCAUCAUUUGGUUUCAAGCAAGUUCCAAAGCGCAUCCCUCUGCACACAAACAACAAUGAAGGCCUUCAUCGCACUCGCUGUCCUCGUUGCUGCCGUCGCCGCAGCCCCGCAGUACCCGGAAAUGUCGUACAACGCGUACAACAUGCCCAUGCCCCAGGAGCCCCGCUACGAGCCGUACAAUGCGCAGCCACAGUACGAGGCCCAGCAGUACCAGUACCAGCCCCAGUACCAGUCCCAGUCCCAGAGCGAACAGCUGACUGCCGACGGAUACAAAAUCGUCCCCGGUAUCGUUGAUGCUCGCUGCCCGCGUGCCGACGACCCAAUGAAGCCGGUCCAUCUGCCGGUGAACGGUAACUGUGGCAAGUUCAUGAAGUGCUUCGGUGGCCGCGCCUACGAGAUGGACUGCCCGGCCGGUCUCGAGUUCGGUUCCAAGGUGAACCGUUGCGACUAUCCUGCCCUUGCCCAGUGCUCCCGCUUCUAAAUCGUCGCACGAACGAACGCGUAAAUGUCGUCCCGCAUGCUGUCGAUGAGUUGCGAGGGCAUUUGCUUUGAAUAAACUGUCUGGUUUUUGCACUGAAAUCUA